AAAAAGGUGAAGGAGCGUAGUGAGAACAACUCUUGGACCCAGAAAGAGAGAACGAUGGGGACAGAAAGCAUAGAAGACGACGAGCAACUCCGUCGGAUGAAACUCGAAGUAGCCCUAGAAGUCAAAUCCCUUAGGCGGAUCAUCAGCGCUUAUCUCAACUAUCCAGAGGCAGCGGAGGAGGCUGUAAAAAGAAAUGAGAGAUCUUUUGAGAGGCUUCCGCCGGCUCACAAGGCAUUGCUGUGUCACCUUCCAUCUAAAUUUCAGAAACUUAGAUGGUGCAUUCCAAAGAAUUCAUUUUUCAUUUUUGAGAUGCUUAAGAUGUUUGAGCCACCACUUGAUAUGAGUCAGGACAUUGAUAUUUGUGAGCAUGAACUUCAGAGCGAUGUUUCAGAUAGUCACCUGUUACCUGGUCAGAGAAACCUUGGUCCUAGCGAGCUUCCCUCAGAAGAUGGAAGAGUUCCUCUCUUGAAAACAGAUGGACCAAACCUUGGAGAUGUCAUUUGCAGGUUUCCUAAAGAGAUGAGAAAUGAACAAUCUACUGAGACCAAUGCUGGGAGCUGCGGUAUAGGCUUGGAGUACAAGGGAGAUGAAGGUUGCCCUAACAAUGAGGCAACUUGUUCUGCUCUUGGUUGUACUGGAAAUGUUAUGUCAUCUCCUCCUGAUUGGUUGGACCCAUCAUUGCAACUGCAUGUUCCCUUAGUGGAUGUAGAUAAGGUACGAUGUAUCAUUAGAAACAUUGUACGAGAUUGGGCAUCCGAGGGGCAGAAGGAACGGGACCAAUGCUAUAAGCCCAUUCUUGAAGAACUUCAAAAUCUAUUUCCUCAUCGUAGUAAAGAGAGUCCACCUACUUGUUUAGUCCCUGGUGCUGGACUUGGGAGGCUGGCUCUAGAAAUUUCAUGUCUUGGGUUCAUAUGCCAAGGCAAUGAAUUUUCAUACUAUAUGAUGAUCUGUUCAAGCUUUAUUCUUAACCAUGCUCAGACAGCUGAGGAGUGGACAAUCUACCCAUGGAUACACAGCAAUUGCAACUCUCUUUCCGAUAAUGAUCAGCUUCGUCCAGUUGCAAUUCCCGAUAUACAUCCUGCUACUGCAGGGACCACUGAAGGUUUCUCAAUGUGCGGUGGUGAUUUUGUUGAAGUCUACAGUGAUCCAAACCAAGUAGGAGCUUGGGAUGCUGUGGUGACUUGCUUUUUCCUUGACACUGCUCAUAACAUUGUAGAAUACAUUGAUAUCAUUUCAAGAAUUCUCAAGGACGGGGGAGUCUGGAUAAAUUUGGGUCCCUUACUUUAUCACUUUGCAGACAUGUACGGUCAAGAAGAUGAAAUGUCUGUUGAACUAAGUUUGGAAGAUGUGAAAAAGGUUGCUCUUCAUUAUGGAUUUGAAUUUGAGCAAUCCUCAACCAUUGAGACAACAUAUACAACAAAUCCUCGUUCUAUGAUGCAAAACCAAUAUCAUGCUGCAUUUUGGAGUAUGCGGAAGAGGAUGAAGAAUGUCUAGCAUAAGUCUGUCUACUUAAAUUAAAGGCUAGACAAAGAGUAUGGAGACUGUCUUUGGCUAUUUCCUGGUCCGUUUUGUUUGCCUAAUCCUGUUAAUCUUAUUAUUGUUCUGUUAUAGCAGAAAGUGGAUUACAGUAGUAUGCGGAUUGAAAUGCUAAACUUGUGCGAGUGAGUGUAAUAUCAUGGAAAUGUAUAUUGGUUCUCCCGUGUAAACUAAACAAGGAUCCGUGUUUCACGACUGUUGAUGUACUUCUAGUAAUGUUAAAGCAGAUUUGUGUUUUUCUACUUUUUAGGGAUACAGGAAAUUUGUUUAAAAUUA